CCGAAGUUAUACCAAAUUGAAGGAGAACGGUUGGCUGACUGAAAAAUAAGGACAACCUUGCAUCAUGAUACAGAAGGGUAAAAUCUAGCUGUAACAUUUAAAUAUACACCCUGGGGAGUGAUGCAGCUAUGCAGGCUGUGGAGAUUUCCGGUGUACAUUAUUAGUGGAUGGCGUUCCGCUUCUCAUCUCGCCACCGUCCUCCGUUAGCCGUAGCCAAAUAUUUACCGAAGGUCGACUACUGUCCUGGCUCCAGAGGAAGAGGCUGACUCAAUGACUGAGAGCCAUACCGAAAAUGGUUUCUGCCCUUUUACUAGUGGAUGACCAGAGGUGUGUCACCUAUUGAUAACAGACGUCGUUAAGAGCCGGUAGAAAACACCCCUGUUGGACAUCACCAGCCCGACCAAAACCUGCCCCCAUAGCCGGGCCUUAUUUGAUACUCCUGGGCCUCCCCUCACACAGUGAAAACUGAAUCAAUACGUGCGAAGCAGCAGGAUGACUGAGGCGUGGCAGCAGCAGCACACAGUGGUCUCCCCACCCACCGUGGUGCACAACCUCCCCCCGGGCUCCGACAGCGCCCUGGGCUGUGCCGUGUACGGGAUCGUCCUCCAGCCGGAUGUGGCCUCCCUCCAGCAGCAGCCCCAGCACGGCCAGCAGCAUGCCGUACCCGCCCAGCAGCCUUCCCUACAGGUAGGGGGCGAGGGAGGGCACAAGUGCGGAGCCUGCGGCCAUGACAUAUCCCACCUAGCUAAUCCACAUGAGCACCAGUGUAUGGGGACCGGGGAUCGGUCGUUCCAGUGUACCCAGUGUAUGAAGAUCUUCUGCCAGGCCACUGAUCUGUUGGAGCAUCAGUGUGUACAGGUGGAGCAGAAGCCGUUUGUGUGUGGCGUGUGUAAGAUGGGUUUCUCUUUGCUUACCUCGCUGGCACAGCACCACAACGCCCACAACAACGGCAACAACCCCAUGAAGUGUUCCAUCUGUGAGAAGACCUACCGCCCGGGCUCUGGCAACAACACCCCCACCUCCUCCGCUGCCAACCCGUCCACCGGCGAGGCCUCCAGUGGCGGGGCAGCGUGCGGAGCCUCAGCCCCUACAGCGUUUGAGGCUUCGGGACCAGACAGGCCCUACAAGUGCUCAGUGUGCCACAAGGGCUUUCGGCAUCUGUCUGAGUUGUCGCGACACGAACGGGUACACACGGGAGAAAAGCCCUACAAGUGUGACACCUGUGACAAGAGCUUCAGCCAGUCCUCUCACCUGGCCCACCACCAGCGCACCCACAGCUCAGAGCGGCCCUACAAGUGUGCUGUCUGUGAAAAGUGCUUCAAGCACCGCUCACACCUCGUGCGCCACAUGUACGCCCACUCCGGCGAGCACCUGUUUAAGUGCAAUUUGUGCGAGAUGCACUUCAAAGAGUCGUCGGAGCUCCUGCACCACCAGUGCCAGCCCACAGUGACCUUGGACAGGCCGUUCCGCUGCGGCUCGUGUGGGAAGGGCUUCAAACGGCCUUCGGAUCUGCGGCAGCACGAACGCACUCACUCCGAGGAACGGCCGUUCCAAUGCGAGGAGUGCCAGAUGAGCUUCAAGCAGCAGUACGCCCUCGUUCGUCACCGCCGCACUCACAAGAACCCAGCCGACCGGCCUUUUAAGUGUAACCUAUGUGACAAGGGUUUCCUGCAGCCCUCCCACCUACUGUACCACCAGCACGUCCAUGGCAUGGAGAGCCUGUUCAAGUGUGCUUCCUGCCAGAAAGGUUUCAGCCAAUCCGGUGAACUGCUACGGCACAAAUGCACCGGCUCAGGGUCGGCGUCUGGCUCCGUGACCGCAGCCACGCCGGCGGUGGAGAAGCCCUACAAGUGUGACGUGUGUGGCAAAGGCUACAAGAAGAAGUCAACGCUCCAGCGCCACCAGAACUCCAGCUGUCAGGAGAAGCCGCUGAAGUGCUCCCUGUGCAACCGACGCUUCCUGUCGCCGUCUGAGUUCGUGACGCACCGCUGCGACCCAUCCAGGGAGAAGCCCCUGAAGUGCCCCGACUGCGAGAAGCGCUUCAAGUAUUCCUCGGAGCUGCAACGUCACCGCCGCGUUCACACCGGGGAGAAGCCCUACAAGUGCUCCAGCUGCGACAAGAGCUUCAAACAGCGGGAACACCUGGUGAAGCACCAGGCGGUGCACUCGCGGGAAGCCCAGUUUAAGUGCGUGUGGUGCGGGGAGCGUUUUGUGAACCUGGGAGCCCUCCAGGAGCACACGGUCCAGCACACUGCAGAAGGAGGUGGUUAUCCUGCAGCCCCCUGUAUACAGUGAGCAGGUCUGCUGCUGUUGAGCGCCUGUACAGUGUGAACACACACGGUGACAUGGAACGUUGCGCGCUAGGCGUACAGCAACACUCUUCCUGACACCUUCUUCUUUUGUAUAUAACCACACAUUCAUUAUUUACAUUUAGUUACACACCCACAUACCCCCCCCUCCUCCUUUUGCAUAAACAAUGGUAAAACUCUGCUUAAUCCUAACCAUGAAGUUAUUAUUGACACCUUCCUCCUCACACCAAGGUAAUCAUGCCCAUGUUCUGCCCUUCAUUAGUGACUUCCAACUACCCAUGACCCAGAUCAACUGAAAACAGUACAUCAACUACCCAUGACCCAGAUCAACUGUGGUCACCUUGUUGGAUGCAGGAAAAAUGCAACUUGAAAAGGAUGUUCCAAUCUGAAAAGUCAUUGGAAAUGUAUUCAUGUUUGUAACAUCAAAUACUUAAGAGUUGCUUUUUAAAAAAUUGGGAGAAAUGAAAUGUUGAAGGAAAUUGGGGGGAGGGAGAGUCUUAUUCUCUGACUCCUUUAUGGUCAUAUCAUUUCUUUGCUGUGGUUUGGUUCAGGUUUUGGCCACACUACGUGUUGAACUCCCCCUUAACCCUCUGGUUGGCUGUUAGUAAUGCCCAAUAAGCCCCACCCCUCAUAGACUUAAAUAUACGUUUCUGCAUGAGUAUAUUUAAGCAAUAUGGCCCGAGGGGUUGUGGUAUAUGGCCAAUAUACCACGGCUAAGGGCUGUUCUUAUGCAUGAUGCAAUGCGGAGCCCUUAGCUGUGGUAUAUUGCCCAUAUAACACAACCCCCUUGAGGUGCCUUUAUAAACUAGUUAUCAAUGUAAUUAGAGCAGUUAAAAUACAUGUUUUGUUAUACCUGUAGUAUACCACGGCUGUCAGCCAAUCAGCAUUCAGGGCUCGAACCACCUAGUUUAUAAUUGUGAAAUAUGUUUAUAUUUAGCAUCACCGUUGUACUGUAGUAGCUUAGGUUUGCUUAAAAAAUAAGAAAAAUGUGACAAGUUAUAUCUUGUGUCCUCUUUGGAAAUCUGUGGUAGAUAAACUGUCGCAUCUCUGUACUAUAAUGAAUAGCAACUACUGUAGUAUGUGUCAAUGGGAAUAUUUCCCCACAUUCUGGACUACUUUGGCUCCCUAUGUCAUAGAAAGAAACACAUACCUUAUCGCUCUGUCAACGUGGGGCUCCCAAGUGGCACUGCAUCUCAGUGCUAGAGGCGUCCCUACACACCCUGGUUCCGAUCCCAGGCUGUAUCACAACUGGCCGUGAUUGAGAGUCCUAUAGGGGGCGGCGCACAAUUGAUCCAGCGUCGUCCGCGUUUGGCUGGGGUAGGCCGUCAUUGUAAAUAAGAAUUUGUUCUUAACUGACUUGCCUAGUUAAAUAUAAUGUGCACAGGGAAUGAUGCUCACACAACCUCUGAAUCCUAUAUGUACUGUUUGCACAUAAAUAUUACAUUCUAACAUGUUAACAAACUUGGUGGUAGAAGUUGCAAAAUGUGUUGAAGAACUGCUUCUGCUACCUGCUUUUCUACCCAGUUGAGAUUGUUUGUGUUGUAUUUAAGCAAAAAGGGGUGUGGAGGACAUACUCCGGUCCAGUGGCAUUGUCCUCCGACAGGUGGCAUCACUCCUACGCAACGCUCAUCCCUCAACCGACAGAGCAGACAGUUAGUCGUAAGACAACGGCCCAGUGGUUUGUUUAAACCAGUAAUGUCUAUAUCUGGAUUUCAAAGUGUUAUCGCUUCACCUAGCAGUUAUCAUCUGAUUUAAAAAAAAAAAAAAUAUCUCUUUAUCAUGACUUCCAUUUGGACACGUUGGCCUCGGUUUGUGCCUAGGAGGUCUUCAUGUAAACCCAGCCAAGUUAGGGUCCCAAUUGCACAAAUUGUUCCUCAGUUGCCCCUGAAAUAGCUGUGAGAGGACUUUUAUGUUAGUAAGUCUAAAUGUUGAGGUGGAGAAGAAGGGGGGGAAAAGUAUGUGAUUAUGUAUGCAAGUUUAUACAUGAUGUUUUUUUAUAUUGUUUUAUGAUAGUGUAUUUUAAAAGAAAGAAAAAACAUGCUCACAAUGUGUAUUUGGAAUGAGGAUAUGAAACUGAAAGGUUAGGAGUGAGAAUGUCAUGUGGUGGAUUCAUCCUAAAUGGCACCCUAUUCCCUAUGUAGUAUACCAGGGCCUCUGGUCAAAAGUAAUGCACGCUAUAGGGAAUAGGGUGCAACUUGGGAAGAAGUUGAUGUUUGAACUGGGUGGGAUGAUGAGGUAGUCAAGCACUUGUGUCUGCAGUUAGGCUAUGAGCGUGUUUGACAUUGCAGACAAUUUUUUUUAAAAGGUGUGACUGACUAAUCUACAAAUCACCUUGAAUCAUAAUUAACUACUCAAAUGUUAGUUGCAGAUCGGUCAGUCGGUCACAAUUUCCCCACGAUGCGUCACGGUUUUGAUGCUCUCGACAGGCCUAAGCCUUCUGCAUGCCAAUGCUGGUCAAAUAUGUUCCGGUCUGUGCUUCUGCCUCUGCUGCCCUCAAUCUUUGUCAACUGGGAGAUAUAGAUGAUGACAUCAUUCUGUGUGGCUUAAUCUGUGUAGGCUACAUUCAAUCUUGAAUGAUAUGUACAGUAUAACAUGUUCAUAUACACACUGCACUAACAAAAUAAACGAAUCUUACAAUA